AGCAAGCAAUGCGAGCUUGACAUGUGCUCGGAUAGCCAUAUUCAGUCAAGCCUCAAAGGCCUGCCAUGGUUGCGAGGGCAUUUCAGCUUUACCUGCUGCUCACGGCAGUGUUCGCUGCCGUGGUUGACUUCGAAGAAGCCGGCGCCAAGGCAGAUGAUUCAGCUGAGGAGGUUGAGUGGAAGAAUGGCGCCCUGCUGAACCAGAGCUUGGCAGCUUUGCGUCCUGGGGAUGUGCUGCAGGUUCCGGGCAAGACCUUCUACCUCAUGGGAGGCAUCCAAGCGCACAAUUUGGCCCAUGUGGUGAUCCGCAUUGAUGGCACCCUGAAGUUCUCUGACAAGAAGAAGGCGUGGCCACGCAUCGGCGGAAAGGUUUUGCCCUGCAUGCGCUUCCAGAACGUGAGCAACGUGACCUUCACGUCGCAGCAGCGGGGCACCUUGGACGGCCAGGGUGCUGCAUGGUGGGGCUACCUUAGGUAUCUGGAGAACGAGGAGAACCGGCCGCGGCUGUGGGAAAUGGACGUGGUGAAGGAUGUGAUGGUGGAAAAGCUGCUGCUUACCAACUCGCCAUACUGGACCACCUGGUUCACCCAGGUGGACGGCCUGGAAAUCCGAGACGCCGACAUCCUGAACCGCCGCAACGGCCGCAGAGGCCACGACUUGUGGAACUUGGGGGCCUUCAACACGGACGGCUGGGACCUGCAGGGCACCAACGUGUGGGUGCACCACAGUAAGGUUUGGAACCAAGAUGAUUGCUUCACCGUGAAAGGCAGCUCCAGCAACAUGCUGUUCGAGAACAUUGAGGCCAGCGGCCUUGGCCUCACGAUUGGCUCUCAGGGCGGCAAGGAUGUGGUGACGAACAUCACCUUUCGGAAUGUUUACAUGGAUCGCACUUAUAAAGGCAUCUACAUGAAGUUUCGGGACGUGGACAAGGAUGAGGUGUCCAUCAUUCAAAACAUUACUUAUGAUAAUAUUUACAUGAAGGAGCCGGAGCAGUGGGCAAUUUGGAUCGGGCCUGCUCAACAGUCCGACUCGCGAUACUUCUGGGAGGGCCACCCUUGCUCCUUGCUGUGGCCCAGCAUGCCCGGUGCACAAUGCCAUCCCUCCGAAAGAGGCAUUUAUAGAAACAUCCUCCUGCGAAACAUAACCAUCGACAAUCCCAAGAUGCAGCCAGGGGUGAUUUGGGCCGGCAAGAGCUUUCCUAUGAAGAAUCUCACCUUCGACUCGGUGCGAGUGGUGAACUGGCACAAGAGAAAGGCCGAUUUGAGGUACCGGGUUUGCGACGGAGUGGACUCGGCUUCGGCGCUUGCCAUUGGUGGCACAUCUCCAACUCCUGCUUGCUUCAGGUCCAAUGGCUCAGAGCUCUUGGUGUGAGCGCAGCCAUGCGCAGCCCGCCAGCAUUUGUGUCUCUGGCGCUUGCUGGCUUGCCCUGCCUUGUGCGAGGGCACAUUGCUCGGGGCUUGCCAGUCGCUGCAGCUGCCAAUGGCGCAUUGAGGUCACUGGCAAUUGCGGGUAGCGAGGUCAAGCUUUAAUUUUGAGCAAGCCUGUCAAAAAGGACAGUCGCUGCCUCAUGGCGACAGUUUGGUACAAGAGUGCCAGGUUACGUUCUUCGGGCUUUCGCCAGAUGUGAAUGCCUGCCUGUCUUCAAUAAAAUGUGAUGCGGUGAGGUGGGAAGGAGC